AUGGCAGCCACCACAGAGACUUCUGGCUAUGUUGGCAGUCUUACAUCCUCUCAGGAAGAGAAGCUGCAAAGCUUUUGGAAAAUUUUGAUGCAAUCCUGGGGUGCUGAUUUUCAUUCCUCUCUCAAGGAAUUGAAUGCUGGUCCAAAUGAAAUUAAGGCAAUCAACUCGCUCGUGUUGAAAUUGCCGGGGGAUCGUCUUCGGUCGGCCUACCUGACUGUACUCAAGCAAGAUCAUGCGGAUGCACUGCUUCUUCGCUUUCUUCGCGCCGAGAAGUGGAAUGUUCCUAAGGCAUGGAUUAAAUUUGUGUCGGCUCUCGAUUGGCGGGUCAACGAAUACAAAGUCGAUGAAGAAGUUCUGAUGAAAGGCGAAUUGUAUAAUCUGGAAAAGUCGCGAGCGAAAGAAGACUCGCCCGAGAAGAAAGAUGGAGAAGGAUUCAUGCUUCAGCUUCAUACAGGCAAGGGUUAUUUCCACGGUAAAGAUAAAUUUGGUCGGCCAAUCUGCGUGGUUAGAGUGCGAACACACGACCCAAGCUCUGCGACCAAAAAGGGUCUCAAUGACUAUAUUGUUCAAUGCAUCGAGACAGUUCGACUGGUACAGGUUCAUCCUGUAGAUACAAUGACCAUCGUCUUUGACCUCACUUCCUUCAGCUUAUCAAACUGGGAUUUUCCUCCAGUCAAAUUCAUCAUUGAAAUUUUCCAAGAAAGCUAUCCGGAGUCUCUCGGAGCCAUGAUCUUUUACAAUGCACCGUGGAUAUUUUCCGGAUUCUGGAAGCUUAUUCAGGGAAUCUUGGACCCGGUGGUGGCUGCGAAAUGGCGCCCAGGAUCUGCAGAAACUCAUCCCGAGGGACAGAUAGUCAAGGAACUUGGAGGAUGUGAGGACUGGGAAUAUAAGUAUAUUGAGCCGGAGGCCAAUGAGAAUGACAAGUUGCUUGAUGCUGAGACUCGGAGUACAAUCCUUGCUGAAAGAGAGACGCUUGGUAGUGAGCUUUUUAGCCUCACUGCCAGUCUCAUCUCCAACCCGGACGACAAGACUUCACAAAGUCGCCGUGACGAGAUCAUCAAGCAACUCAGUGACAAUUACUGGUCGCUUGACCCCUAUGUACGGGCCAAAACUCUUUUGGACCGACAGGGGGUCAUCCAAGGUGGUGGGAAAGUCGAGUUCUACCCAGCCACAAAACCCUCGGUCAACAAGGAGACAAUCGUCACCGAUGAAAAGUCAGAGGCAGCGACCGGGCAAGUCUGCAAGGAGCCGUUAGCUGCGGUCUCUUGA